AUGGAGGAAAGUGAACUAAGAAAACUUCUACGGACGAAAAAUGGAUGUCGAGUGCCAGUCAUGCCUCCAAUACCUGAUGUUCAUAUGAUGGAUAAAUUGCCUUUUACACCUCUACCACCAUACAACCGUAUAAAGGAGAAACAAGCAAAAUUCCGUAAGAUUUUAGAAGCCAAAGCGACUGCGCGGAAGGUGACGAUCGCACGUACGGUCAUUCAACGUCAGGAAAGGGAUGAACUGGAAAUAUCUGAGGAGCGACACAUAGCAGUUUUACGACAAUGUGCUAGCAAAAUAAAACCACCGCCAAUGCUAAAAGCGUGGGAAAGGAAGAUCACAUAUUUAAUACCUUCGAAACUUCGAAACAGUUUUCCAGCAUUAACUGAGGAAUUAAUUAAUGAAAGUAAACAAGAAUGGGACCGGAAUCUACACGAAUUUGCAGUCAAAACUAUCAUUCGAGAAGUGCCUGGCGUUCCACGAAAGCGAUAUCAAGAGCCGCAUUUUAAGUAUCACGGUAUCACCCAAAACUAUCAAAGAAUGAUAAAGUAUAAAAAAAAACUCCAAGACGGGUCGUUGAUAUUACAUCCAUUUAUAAGACUUAUUCUUGAAUCAGCCGAAAAAGUGUUCCCUGAAUAUAUCACAGACUUAGGUAAGUUUCGUAUUAAAGGGCCAAUAGAAUUGCGUGAGUUCCAGAUAAAAGUAAUAGAAGAAAUAAAACGCGCUGACCAUCUCGUAUCAAGCACUUGGUAUUCAAUACUAGUGCAAUGGCUAAAGAAUCCUAGAUGUUUAAAAGGUAUGCGUACGAAACGAAUUCCCGAAUUCAUAAGAUGUUCUAAAAAAAUGAUAUCGAUGCAAAUACAAGAGUUUAUGCGUAGGUCAAUUAACGCGGUAAUAGAUGCCCUAAAUGAUCCUGAACGUGUACCAAUUUUAAAUCUAGAACUUCAUUUUGAUGGAGAAUUUGCUUAUUAUCCAACGCUUAAGAAUGUUUUCGAAGUAUAUCAUAGUAUAACUGACGCCAUUUCCAACAUCUCUCAAAGGCUUAUGCCAAUAGAACAGUAUUUAAAUAUACCCUAUAAUUACGACGCUUUACCUGUCCUCUACAAUGAUUGGUUGCGAAACGAUGGUCAUGAAAGGCUACAAAAUCGGCUAGAUUUUGUUUUUUUUCCACUUUUUGAAUAUCUAGAUAAACUGAGAGAGCAAUACCAUAUGCUUUAUGGUGAUUGCGCCAAAGCUGCUCUACAGAAAUUUGUUACAGAAACUGAAGAUUUUGAUAUAGCUCGUGAAAAAAUUAAGUAUUUUCAGACUAUUGAUUCUAAUAUAACAGCAAUUCUUGAAAAUGAAUACUUCAAUUGUGCUAUAGUUUGCCAGUUGAAAAUGAUAAAUGGCUUAAAAGAAAAGGCUAAAGAAUUUAUUAAUGAUAUUAUAGAAGGUUUAGUUAAAGGCCAUAUGAAUGAAAAUGAAAGCAUUUGUAUGGAGUUUGAGACAAUAGCAGAAAGAGCUCUAAAGGAACCUAAAAAUGCCGCUGAAUUGAUAGAACAAGGGAUUUACAUUCUUCAUGCAAAAACUGUAUUGGUUGAAGGUUUAAAAGAGAGAAUCAUGAGACAAAUAAGUAUCAUAUCUCAUCUUCUAGAGAUGACCUCACUAACAGACGAACACGUUGCUUUAAACACGCGUACUGUAAAUUGGCUUACUGACAUAAAACCUAUAUUUGAAAGAAAUGCAGCUGCAUACGAAACUUUUAAGGCAGAAAUGGAGGAAAAUUUGCUGGCUAAAAUUGCAUUACUAAACAAAGAAGUUCUUGCAAUAGUUCCUUAUUUAGAACUUCUAGACAACAUGGAUGAUAUUAACCAUACGCUUGAGUACUUAGAGUAUUUACGUAAACUCGCACAUCGUUUACAUGAUUGCGAUAGAUUGGUGACCUGGAUUAAUAACGAAGAAGCUACUUUCAAAUUUCCUAUUACUAAUUACCCUGAAUUAGAAGAACUAAAAGAUUUUAUAAUUCCGUUCUAUAAUUUAGUGUAUCUUGUUCAUAAAUGGCGGCGUAGUUUUUAUACUUGGAUGGACGGACCUUUUGAAUAUAUGAACCACGAACAAAUCGAACAGGAUCAUGAUUUUUAUUACAAAGAAUUUUUAAAACUUUCGAAAACCUAUCGAAAUAAAAUAAAACAGCAAAUUGCGGAAGGUGUUGAGAAACGAUUUCAAGGUUUAGUAGAUGAUCCUGAUAUGAACAAUCUUCCUGCUCCCAUGAAGCUUUGUGCACAAGCUAUAGCCGAGAUAAAAGACUGGCGACCUAAUGUUCAAAUGGCACACAUUAUGUGUAAUCCUGCUUUAGAACAGAGACAUUGGGACGAUAUGUCGCAUAUUGCAGGCUUUGACUUAACACCAAAUGCUGGUACGACAUUAAGAAAAAUCAUCAAUUUUAAUCUGUGGGAUGAUAUUGAUGAAUACGAAAUAAUAAGUGUGGCAGCUACAAAAGAACUGGCUUUGGUAACUAAUUUAAAUAAAAUGAUGGCUGAAUGGACUGACAUAUGUUUUAAAACUAGUCCGUACAAAGAUACUGGAAUAUUUAUACUCUCGGGUCUUGAUGACAUUCAAGGUGUAUUAGAUGAUCAUAUAGUUAAAACUAUUGCAAUGAGAGGCUCAGCCUUUGUAAAACCUUUCGAAAGUCAAGUAAGAGCUUGGUAUGAUAAGAUUAUGAGAGUAAAUGCCACCAUCGAUGAAUGGGGUAAGGUUCAAAGUCAGUGGUUAUAUUUGUUGCCAAUAUUUUCCUCUAAAGACAUUGUUGCUCAGAUGCCUGAAGAGGGUGUUAUGUUUGUAGAGGUCAAUAAUAUUUAUCGCCGAUAUAUGGGUUCUGUAGAUAAAGAUCCUCAUGCUUUAGACAUUGCGGGAGGUAUUGGAGUAUUAGAAUCAUUUAAAACAGCAUCUGGUUUGUUAGAAAAGAUAAAUGAUGGUGUUAAUAAUUAUCUGGAAAAAAAACGCUUAUAUUUUCCUCGCUUCUUCUUCUUAUCAAAUGAUGAAAUGUUAGAGAUUCUUUCAGAAACAAAAAACCCAUUAAAAGUUCAACCACAUUUAAAAAAGUGUUUUGAGGGUAUCAACAGACUUGUUUUUGACGAAGAAUACAACAUAAGUGCCAUGAUAUCAAUGGAAGGCGAACAGGUAGAUUUUCUAGAAAUUAUAAGUGUUGCAGCUGCAAGAGGGUCAGUGGAAAAAUGGCUUGUACAAGUAGAAGACCAAAUGCUGAAAGCUGUAAAAUCGGAAACUGAACUAUCGUAUUAUGAUUACCCAACAAUGAACCGUGUUGACUGGAUUUUGUCUUGGGAAGGUAUGGUAGUUUUAGCUAUAUCCCAAAUAUAUUGGGCCAUGGAUGUUCAUGAAUGUUUGAAUACUCAUAAACUAAGUGAAUUAGAGGCAUUUCAUGUCAGUUUAACAAAACAACUUAAUGAUACAGUUGCUGUUAUACGGCGUCCGGAUUUAACAAAAUUGAAUAGCAUCACUGUUAAGGCCCUCAUAGUAAUUGAUGUACAUGCUAAGGAUGUUAUUCAAGAACUUAUUGAAAAAAAAGUGAUUGAAGUUACAGAUUUUCAAUGGCUUGCACAACUGCGAUAUUAUUGGGAAGAAGAAAAAGUUGCAGUCAAAAUAAUAAAUGCUGUUGUUAAAUAUGCAUACGAGUACUUAGGAAACUCAGACCGCUUAGUCAUCACUCCUCUGACAGAUCGUUGUUAUCGUACGUUAAUUGGAGCAUACUACCUUCACCUUAAUGGUGCUCCUGAAGGUCCUGCUGGUACAGGGAAAACAGAAACUACCAAAGACUUGGCAAAAGCAUUGGCAGUACAGUGUGUAGUCUUUAACUGCUCUGACGGAUUAGAUUACAAAGCUAUGGGUAAGUUUUUUAAAGGCUUAGCAUCUUGUGGUGCCUGGGUUUGCUUUGAUGAAUUUAAUCGCAUAGAAGUGGAAGUUUUAUCUGUUAUAGCUCAACAAAUUCUUUGUAUCGUUCAAGCUGUUAGACAGCAUUUAGAAACAUUUGAAUUUGAAGGCACAACUUUAACAUUAAACCCUGCAUGUUAUGUUUGUAUAACAAUGAAUCCGGGUUACGCUGGACGAUCUGAACUACCAGAUAAUCUCAAAGUGCUUUUUCGAACAGUAGCAAUGAUGGUACCAGAUUAUGCCAUGAUAGGAGAAAUAUCGUUGUAUUCUUUUGGGUUUAUAGAUGCUCGUAGUUUAUCUGUAAAGAUUGUUACGACUUAUCGUCUUUGCUCUGAACAGUUAUCUUCUCAAAAUCACUAUGAUUAUGGAAUGCGAGCAGUUAAAACAGUAUUGUCUGCUGCGGGUAAUUUGAAAAGAAAUUUUCCAAAUGAAAGCGAACGCAUUUUGCUUCUUAGAUCUAUAAUUGAUGUGAAUUUACCUAAAUUUCUUUCUUUUGAUGUACCUUUAUUUGAAGGGAUUAUAUCCGACCUAUUUCCUGGUGUUACAUUACCUAAAUCGGACUAUGUAAAUUUUUUGGAUGCGUGCAAGGAUACUUGUAAAAUUAAUAACCUGCAACCGAUGGAAUGUUUUUUGACAAAAGUAAUUCAGACAUACGAAAUGAUGAUUGUCAGACAUGGAUUUAUGCUUGUUGGUGAUCCCUUUUCAGGAAAAUCGAUGACUCUGAGAAUAUUAUCACAGGCCUUGAAUCUAAUGGAAGAAAGAAAUCAGCACGGUGGAUGCAGGUGUACAUAUAGAGUACUUAAUCCAAAGGCUGUGACUAUGGGUCAACUGUAUGGUGCGUUUGACCCCAUAUCGUAUGAAUGGACAGAUGGCAUUGUAGCUACAAUAUUUCGUGAUUUUGCAUCUGAGGAUACACCAGUAAGAAAAUGGUUAGUUUUUGAUGGACCUGUUGAUGCCGUAUGGAUUGAAAAUAUGAAUACUGUUUUAGAUGACAAUAAAAAACUUUGCUUAACUUCCGGAGAAGUAAUAGCAAUGUCUAACGUUAUGUCAAUGAUUUUCGAAGUAAUGGAUCUUUCUCAAGCUUCUCCUGCCACAGUUUCAAGGUGUGGUAUGAUAUAUAUGGAAUCAUCUUCAUUUGGAUUCAUGCCAUUUUAUAAGUCAUGGUUAAAAACCUUAAAUCCUAUUUGGAUCGAAGAAAAUGAAGAAUAUAUUUUUUAUAUAUGUGAAUGGUUGUUUGAACCACUAGUUUCGUACGUAAGAAAAUAUUGUAAUCAACUUGUCACAGCCGGAGAAGUAAAUUUAGUUAUAAGUACACUUCGCCUCGUAGAAAUGCUUAUGGAUGAUGCCAUAGAAGGAGAAGAAGACUCAAAAUUUACUCGAACAUGGUUCUUAGCUUCUUUUAUGUCUGCGCUUGUUUGGGGUGUAGGCGGAGUGUUGAAUAGCAGUUCACGUGAAAAAUUUGAUGAUUUGGUUAAAGAAUACUUUAGGGGUGACAAAGGAAUACCAACAAAUAUAGAUAAAAUUGAUGUAUCAGUUCCAACAGAGGGCUUAUUAAUUGACCAUUAUUACAUGUAUAAAGGAAAAGGAUGUUGGAAAUAUUGGCCUGAUACUGUAAAAACUGUUCAGGUUAAAGAACAGAUUAAUUUACUACAAACGGUUAUACCAACCUUGGAAACUGAGAAAUAUAUUUUCCUUUUACGAUUACAUACAAAAUUUUCUCAACCUUUGUUACUAAUAGGACCAACAGGAACCGGGAAAAGCUUUUAUGUUCAAAAUUUUUUAAUGAACAAAGUUGAUAUGGAAAAGUAUACACCAGGAUUUAUAACAUUUACAACUACCACUUCUGCUAAUCAAACUCAAGAAUUAGUCAUCUCAAAGCUAGUAAAAAGAAGAAAGAACAAUUAUGGUCCAACUAAAGGGAAAAAAGCAAUUAUAUUUAUCGAUGAUAUGAAUAUGCCUGCUAAAGAAAUAUAUGGUGCACAACCACCUAUAGAAUUGCUAAGACUAUAUUUCGAUCAAAAACAUUGGUAUGAUUUAAAGACUACAGAUAAAUUGUACAUUCAUGACACAUUUUUCUAUGGCGCUAUAGGACCUGUAGGUGGCAGUCGUCAAUUAAUUUAUCCGAGAAUGCUUCGCCACUAUAAUAUUUACUCUAUUAAUGAAUUCUCGAAAGAAAGCAUGACAAAAAUUUUUACUUCCUUGUUACAACUGGGUUGGAGAAAAAAUGGUUUUGGUCAAGACACUCAACCAGUAAUAGUUAACAUCAUAGCUGCUACUAUGGCUAUAUACGAACAAGCAGCUGAAGGACUAAGACCAACACCAGCAAAGUCGCAGUAUAUUUUUAAUUUAAGAGAUUUCUCAAGAGUAAUUCAAGGCUGUGCAUUACUAAGAAAGGAAUCAGCUGAAAAUAAAAAAACUUUUACCAGAAUUUGGGUGCAUGAAAUUAUGCGUGUCUUUUACGACAGACUCGUUGAUGAAACAGAUCGCACUUGGUUUUUUAAUAUUCUUAAGUAUUCAACAAGAGAUUUUAUGAAAGAUAAUUUUGAAUCUGCUUUGGACACAUAUCAAAAUGACAAGGGGGAUGUUACUCAAGAAACUAUAAAAAAUAUGAUGUUUGGUUGCUACUUAGACACCGACAGCCUUGAAGGUGAACGACGGUAUGAAGAAAUCCCAUCUAAAGAAUCAAUUUUAAAUAUUGCUUCAUUAAUGUUAGCAGAAUACAAUGCUAUGCAUAAAGCGAAAAUGACAAUUGUUUUAUUUGAUUAUGCUUUAGAACAUCUAUCAAAAAUUUGCCGACUCCUUUCAAUGCCGUCAGGCAACGCUUUAUUAGUCGGCGUUGGAGGAUCUGGCCGUCAGUCCUUAACCCGUUUAGCUGGUACAAUUUUAGGCCAGUCAGUUUUUCAGCCAGAGAUUACAAAAUCAUAUAGUGUUAAAGAUUGGCAAGAUGAUUUAAAAUUAGUAUUACGUGAAUCCGGUGGUCUCAAUAAAGAUAGUACUUUCUUGUUUACAGAAAGUCAAAUAAAAGAGGAAGUAUUUAUACAGAAUUUAGACAGUCUACUUAAUUCGGGUGAAGUUCCAAAUUUGUACGGCUUAGAUGAAAAACAAGAGAUUCUUGAAUUAGUACGUUUAGCAGCUCAAGGUGGAAACAGGAAUCUGGAUAUAAGUCCCUUACAGAUUUUAGCUUUUUUUAUAGCACGAUGUAAAAUAAAGUUACAUAUUGUAUUAUGUUUUAGCCCCAUUGGUAGCGCAUUUAAGACAAGGUUAAGAUUAUACCCAUCUUUAGUGAAUUGUUGCACUAUCGACUGGUAUGAUAGCUGGCCUGAAGAUGCCCUGGAAAUGGUUGCAAAUUACUAUAUGGUUAAAGUAAAUGUGCCAGAUAAAAUAAAAGCAACUGCUGUGGUAGCCUGUAAACAAUUUCAUGUCGAUGCACGAACUAUAUCGGCCGAUUUCUUUAUUCAGUAUGGAAGGAAGACAUAUGUGACAUCGGCGUCCUAUUUGAAUUUAAUAAAAACGUUUACAACACUUACUAAUAGAAAACAACGUGAAUUAAGAGCAGCAAAACUACGAUAUACUAAUGGUUUAGACAAGUUGAGCCAGGCUGCAGAUGCAGUUGCAAUUAUGCAGCAUGAUUUAAAUGAACUUAAACCUCAACUAAUGGUAAUGGCUGCAAAAUCAGCUAAAAUGAUGCAAGAAAUAGAAGUAGAAACCGCCACGGCAGAUAAGGCUGCUGCACAAGUGAGAGAAGAUCAGAAAAUUGCAAAUGUGCAAGCGGCUGCUGCCGAAGAGCUUAAAAAAGAUUGUGAAGCAGACUUAGCACUUGCACUUCCAAUUUUAGAGGACGCUAUUGCUGCCUUAAACACAUUAAAACCCGCAGAUAUAACCAUUGUCAAGUCUAUGAAAAAUCCUCCGGCAACUGUUAAGUUGGUGAUGGCAGCAGUAUGUGUCAUGAAGGGUAUACCUCCCGAUAAAAUACCUGAUCCGGAUAAUCCAGGUAAAAAAGUUUUAGAUUAUUGGGGACCAAGUAAAAGAAUAUUAGGUGAUAUGGGAUUUUUAGAUUCUCUACGGAAUUUCGAUAAAGAUAAUAUUCCUAUUGUCACCAUGCAAAAAAUUAGAAAAGAGUAUCUUUCGAAUAAAGAUUUUAAGCCGCAUAUCAUAGCUAAAGCAUCUACAGCAGCUGAAGGACUUUGUAAGUGGAUAAUUGCCAUGGAUAUGUAUGAUGCUGUAGCAAAGGUUGUAGCUCCGAAAAAAGCGAAACUUGAAGCAGCUGAAAAAGAGUUUUCUGAAACUAUGGCAAUAUUAGAAGAAAAAAAGGCUACUGUAGCGCGCUUAGAAGCUCGACUAGCAGAGUUAAAUGAGGCAUUGGAAGAAGCUAACAUAAAAAAGAAGGCAUUAGAGGAUGAAGUACAAUUAUGUAUUGACAAAUUAUUUAGAGCAGAAAAACUAAUUGGAGGUUUAGGGGGCGAAAAAGUGCGAUGGACUGCAGCUGCUGAAAACCUACAAAAGUUGUUCGACAACUUAGCUGGAGAUAUUUUAGUAUCUUGUGGAAUUAUUGCUUAUCUGGGACCAUAUACGUUACCAGUGAGAUUAAAUGCGAUAAAAGAAUGGAGACAGCUCGUAAUUAAUUUAGAUAUACCCCAUUCUCCAACAUUUGUAUUUAAAGAUGUGUUAGGAACUGAUAUAAAAAUACAAAAUUGGUGUAUUGCAGGUUUACCGUGGGAUUCUUUUUCUAUAGAUAAUGGUGUACUUUUAGAUAAUUCAACACGAUGGUCUUUAUUAGUUGAUCCACAAGGACAAGCGAAUAAAUGGAUUAAGACGAUGGAAAAGCCUAAUGACUUACAAAUUAUGAAAUUUACUGAUGGAAAUUAUAUGAAGGUAAUUGAAACAUGUCUGGAAUAUGGUAAACCAGCUCUAAUAGAAUGUGUCUUGGAAGAUGUAGAGGCACCUUUAGAUCCAAUUUUAAUGAAAAAUACUUAUACUCAAGGAGGGAAGGAAUUUAUUGCACUCGGUGAAAACGUAAUUGAAUAUCAUCCACAAUUUAGGUUAUAUAUGACCACAAAACUGAGAAAUCCACAUUACCUGCCUGAAAUAUUCAAUAAGGUGACUGUGAUAAAUUUUGCUUUGACAAAAGAUGGUUUAGAAGAUCAACUGCUUGGAAUCGUAGUUGCAAAAGAGCGUCCUGAUUUGCAAGAGAAACGAGAAAAAUUAAUUGUUCAAGGUGCUGCAAAUCGUGCUGCUCUUAAACAGGUCGAAGAUGAUAUAUUACGAACAUUACAAGAAUCAAAAGGUGAUAUUUUAGAAGAUGAGUCGGCAAUUGAAGUACUUGAUUCAUCAAAGUUAAUAGCCGUUGACAUCAUGAAAAAGCAAGAAGCCAGCUUGGAAACGGAAGAAAUCAUAGAGAAAUUCAGGUUAGGUUACAGACCAAUAGCCUCACAUUCAGCGGUUUUAUACUAUUGCGUUACUGAACUACCAAAUGUCGACCCUAUGUAUCAGUACUCAUUGACAUGGUUUAUUAAUUUAUAUAUAUUAUCUAUUGAAAAUGCUAAUAAAUCCAAAGACUUAGACAAAAGAUUAAAAUUUUUAAAAGAUACUUUUACAUAUAAUUUAUACAGUAACGUUUGCAGAUCACUCUUUGAUAAAGAUAAACUAAUGUUUUCUUUUAUAAUGUGCUCUAAAAUGUUGUUGUCUACUGGUGAUAUCAACCACGACGAGUAUAUUUUUCUUAUAACAGGAGGAAUUGCGGUUGAAAAUCCUUUAAAAAAGCCUAUAGAAUGGUUACCAGAUAAAGGAUGGGACGAAAUAUGUCGAAUAAAUGAUUUGUCUGUUUUCAAGGGUUUUAAAGACAGCUUUGUUGGUGCUACAAGUAAAUGGAAGGAAAUAUACGAUGAAUUAGAGCCACAUCAUAAACCACUUCCGUUAGAGUGGGAAGAAAAACUGACAGCCUUUCAAAAACUAUUAAUUAUAAGGAUAUUAAGGCCCGACAAGUUAACCAUUGCUAUUUCCGAAUUUGUAGAAAAACAAAUGGGCCGAAAAUAUAUAACUCCGCCGCCGUUUGAUAUUGGGAAAUCUUUUGGAGAUUCUAACUGUUUAGCGCCUCUGAUUUUUAUUUUAUCUUCGGGUUCAGAUCCAAUGGGAGCCUUAAUAAAAUAUUGUGAAAAAAUGGGUUAUUCUCAUAGGUUCAAUUCCAUUUCCCUAGGCCAAGGUCAAGGACCCAUAGCAAAAGCUAUGAUAGAAAAAGCGCAGUUAGAAGGAGGAUGGGUUUGUUUACAAAACUGUCAUUUAGCUGUUUCGUGGCUACCAGUACUUGAAAAGAUUGUAGAAAGUUUUGAUCUUACUAACACAGACUUAAGUUUUAGACUAUGGCUUACCAGCUAUCCAUCUGAAAAAUUUCCACAGUCUAUUUUACAAGUAGGAGUUAAAAUGACAAAUGAAGCUCCGACUGGUUUGCAACAUAAUUUGUACAGAUCUUAUAUGUCCGAGCCAUUGAAAGAAUCAGAAUUUUUUGAAGGUUGCCCAGAGAAAGAUAAGCCUUUUAGUAAACUUUUGUAUGGGAUUAGCUUCUUUCAUGCCGUAGUUCAAGAGAGAAAAAAAUUCGGUCCUUUAGGCUGGAAUAUACAGUAUGGUUUUAAUGAUUCUGAUUUUCAAAUAUCAGUGAUGCAACUGCAAAUGUUUUUAAACCAGUAUGAAGAAAUACAAUAUGUAGCUAUAAAAUAUUUAACUGGAGAAUGCAAUUACGGUGGUAGAGUUACUGAUGAUUGGGACCGGAGGUUAAUAGUUACGAUCUUAGAUAAUUACGUUAACAGCAGUGUAGUAAGUGACCCCAACUAUUUGUUCUGCGAUAUAGGCCCCCAGUACGGAUUACCACGACGGUGUGAAUAUCAAGACUACCUCAAACAUAUUGAGUCCGUGCCGAUAAAUCCUCCACCUGAAGUUUUUGGAUUGCAUAUGAAUGCGGGAAUAACGAGAGAUUAUUCCACUUCGUUAGAACUUACAGCAACAUUAGUUCUAGUAGAAGGUGGAGGUAGCGGUGCAGAGACUGGAAAUACUGAAGGAAUUCUUGUACAAAUGGCAUCAGAAAUAUUAUCCAAGCUUCCGUCUAAGUUUGAUAUUGAAAUCACUCAACAGAGAUAUCCCGUAGAUUAUAACGAAUCAAUGAACACCGUUCUCAUCCAGGAGAUGGAAAGGUUUAAUAAAUUACUAAACGAAGUAAAAAAUUCUCUUUCAGAUCUACAAAAAGCUGUAAAGGGUUUAAUCGUUAUGUCACCUGCAUUAGAUAUGAUGUCUAAUGCGAUGUUACUUGGUAGGAUACCAGAAAAUUGGUGUAAAUUAUCCUAUCCAAGCUUGAAACCGCUUCCAAGUUACGUCGCAGAUUUAGUUGAACGUUUAAAAAUGUUGGAAACUUGGUAUGAAAACGGGAAGCCUUCAACGUUUUGGCUAUCAGGUUUCUUUUUCACUCAAGCAUUUCUUACUGGUGCCAUUCAAAAUUAUGCUAGGGCUAAGAAAAUCCCAAUAGAUUUGUUAAUUUAUGACUUUGAAGUACGUACUGCAGAUUAUGAGACAACCUCUCCAGAAUGGGGCGUUUACGUACAAGGUCUGUUUCUUGAUGGCGGUCGAUGGGAUCGUAGUAAAUUUGUUGUAGCAGAGCAACAUCCUAAGAUAUUAAAUGACAAUAUGCCAGCAGUAUGGCUGUUUCCUAAGCUGAAAUCUGAAUUUCAAGAAGGUUCGCGGUAUAAAUGUCCCUUGUAUAAGACAUUAGAAAGAAAAGGCGUUUUAGCUACAACUGGACACUCUUCCAAUUUUGUAUUGGCUUUCUAUUUACCGUCAGAUAAACCUUCAUCUCAUUGGAUUCAACGAAGCGUUGCCUUAAUUUUACAAUUAGACAAUUAA